GGGGGCAGCCCCUCGGCCUCCGCGGACCCGCCCACAGGCCCUGACGCCCGCACGGGCGGACCUGGUGGCGGCGCUGGGCGCUGAGCGGAGGCAGUGCGAGCCCACGACCUCCCACGCUUAGCUGCUCGCCGGUGCUCAGUCAUUUCAUGCUCCGCGUUCAGCAGUCGCAUUCGGGACUUGGACUUGUUUACUGGCGCCCCUUGAAGGUGCCUGGCAUAUGGAUGCCAUGUUGAUAGUACUCGCCAUGCAUCGGAAGAAAGUAGAUAACCGAAUCCGGAUUCUCAUAGAGAAUGGGGUAGCUGAGCGGCAAAGGUCUCUCUUUGUUGUGGUUGGAGAUCGAGGAAAAGAUCAGGUGGUCAUACUCCAUCACAUGUUGUCCAAAGCAACCGUGAAGGCUCGGCCUUCGGUGCUGUGGUGUUACAAGAAAGAGCUGGGCUUUAGCAGUCACCGGAAGAAAAGAAUGCGUCAGCUACAGAAAAAAAUAAAGAACGGAACACUGAACAUAAAGCAAGACGACCCCUUUGAACUCUUUGUCGCCGCCACAAACAUUCGCUACUGCUACUACAACGAGACCCACAAGAUCCUGGGCAAUACCUUCGGCAUGUGUGUUCUCCAGGAUUUUGAAGCUUUAACUCCGAACUUGCUGGCCAGGACUGUAGAAACAGUGGAAGGUGGUGGGCUGGUGGUUAUUCUCCUACGGACCAUGAACUCCCUCAAGCAGUUAUACACGAUGACCAUGGACGUGCAUUCAAGAUACAGGACGGAGGCUCAUCAGGACGUGGUGGGAAGGUUUAAUGAGAGGUUUAUUCUUUCUCUGGCCUCCUGUAAGAAGUGUCUCGUCAUUGAUGACCAGCUCAACAUCCUGCCCAUCUCCUCCCACGCAGCCAGUAUUGAGGCCCUCCCUCCCCAGGCCCCGGAUGAGAGUCUCGGUCCUUCUGAUCUGGAGCUGAAGGAGCUGAAGGAGAGCUUGCAGGACACGCAGCCUGUGGGCGUGUUGGUGGACUGCUGCAGAACCCUAGACCAGGCCAAAGCUGUCCUGAAAUUCAUCGAGGGGAUCUCUGAAAAGACCCUGAGGAGUACCGUGGCUCUCACGGCUGCCCGAGGGAGGGGGAAAUCGGCAGCCCUGGGACUGGCUAUUGCUGGGGCAGUGGCUUUUGGGUACUCCAAUAUCUUUGUUACCUCCCCAAGCCCCGAUAACCUCCACACUCUGUUUGAGUUUGUAUUUAAAGGAUUUGACGCGCUACAGUAUCAGGAGCAUCUGGAUUAUGAGAUCAUUCAGUCUUUAAAUCCCGAAUUCAACAAAGCGGUGAUCAGAGUGAACGUAUUCCGAGAACACAGGCAGACCGUUCAGUAUAUACAUCCCGCAGACGCCGUGAAACUGGGCCAGGCUGAACUUGUUGUGAUUGAUGAAGCUGCCGCCAUCCCCCUCCCCCUGGUGAAAAGCCUCCUGGGCCCCUACCUUGUUUUCAUGGCAUCCACCAUCAACGGCUACGAGGGCACGGGUCGGUCACUGUCCCUCAAGCUAAUCCAGCAGCUCCGGCAGCAGAGUGCCCAGAGCCAGAUCAGCACCACGGCUGAGAACAAGACCACAGCCACGGCCAGGCUGGCCUCAGCGCGAACGCUGCAUGAGGUUUCCCUGCAGGAGUCGAUCCGAUACGCCCCUGGGGACGCGGUGGAGAAGUGGCUGACCGACCUGCUGUGCCUGGACUGCCUCAACAUCACUCGGAUCGUGUCGGGCUGCCCCUUGCCGGAAGCCUGCGAGCUCUACUAUGUUAACAGAGACACCCUCUUCUGCUACCACAAGGCCUCCGAGGUGUUCCUGCAGCGGCUGAUGGCCCUGUACGUGGCUUCUCACUAUAAGAACUCCCCCAACGAUCUCCAGAUGCUCUCCGAUGCACCUGCUCACCAUCUCUUCUGCCUCCUGCCCCCCGUGCCCCCCACCCAGAACGCCCUCCCCGAGGUGCUGGCCGUCAUCCAGGUGUGCCUGGAGGGAGAGAUUUCUCGCCAGUCCAUCUUGAACAGCCUGUCUCGAGGCAAGAAGGCUUCGGGAGACCUGAUUCCCUGGACAGUGUCCGAACAGUUCCAAGAUCCAGACUUCGGUGGCCUUUCCGGUGGAAGGGUGGUUCGCAUUGCUGUUCACCCGGAUUAUCAAGGGAUGGGCUAUGGCAGCCGAGCUCUGCAGCUGCUGCAGAUGUACUACGAAGGCAGAUUCCCUUGUCUGGAGGAGAAGGUCGUUGAGACGGCGCAAGAAAUUCACACCGUCAGCAGCGAGGCCGUCAGCUUGUUGGAAGAGGUCGUCACUCCCCGGAAGGACCUGCCGCCCUUGCUCCUCAAACUGAAUGAGAGGCCUGCAGAGCGCCUGGAUUACCUGGGAGUGUCCUAUGGCUUGACCCCCAGGCUCCUCAAGUUCUGGAAACGGGCGGGGUUCGUUCCUGUCUAUCUGAGGCAGACCCCGAACGACCUGACGGGAGAACACUCGUGUGUCAUGCUGAAGACGCUGGCUGAGGAGAGCGAGGCUGAGCAGGGGGCCUGGCUGGCGGCCUUUUGGAAAGAUUUCCGCAGGCGCUUCCUAGCUCUGCUGUCCUACCAGUUCAGCACCUUCGCUCCUCCCCUGGCUCUGAACAUCAUUCAGAACAGGAACAUCGGGCAGCCCUCGCCGCCAGCCCUGCGCCGGGAGGAGCUGGAGGCGCUCUUUCUGCCCUAUGACCUGAAGAGGCUGGAGAUGUACUCACGGAACAUGGUCGACUAUCACCUCAUCAUGGACAUGAUCCCCGCCAUCUCCCGGAUGUAUUUCCUGAACCAGCUGGGGGACCUGGCCCUGUCCGCUGCCCAGUCGGCUCUCCUCCUGGGGGUCGGCCUGCAGCACAAGUCCGUGGACCAGCUGGAAAAGGAGAUCGAGCUGCCCGCCGGCCAGCUGAUGGGGCUUUUCAACCGGAUCAUCCGCAAAGUCGUGAAGCUGUUUAACGAAGUGCAGGAGAAGGCCAUUGAGGAGCAGAUGGUGGCCGUGAAGGACGUGGUCAUGGAGCCCACGAUGAAGACCCUGAGUGAUGACCUGGAUGAAGCAGCAAAGGAAUUCCAGGAGAAACACAAGAAGGAAGUGGGGAAGCUGAAGGACAUGGACCUCUCUCAAUACAUAAUCCGUGGGGACGAUGAAGAGUGGAACGAGGUCUUGACCAAGGCUGGGCAGAACGCUUCGAUCGUCAGCCUGAAAAGUGACAAGAAAAGGAAAUUGGAAGCGAAACAAGAACCCAAACAGAACAAAAAGUUGAAGAACAGAGACACGAAGCACAGAAAGGACAUGAAACUGAAACGGAAGAAAUAGCGGCGAGAAGCUUGGGCCUCAGCAGCUGACUCGCAAGGGGACACCCUGACUCUCUGAACCGACUCCGGCUGGACUGGGCCGCGGCCCGUGGAAGGCAGCGCGGGCCAUCAGCCCUGCGGCCGGCCUGGGACUCGGUGCCGCGUGGGGUGGCUGGAAGCACUCGCUGCCGAGGGGGUGGGCUCAGACCUCGCCAGGGGCCACCCUCUGUGCCUGCCGGGGUCGGCCUCCUCCCAGCCGGGCCUGCCUGUCCCAUAAGUUCAUGUUUUGUGUUGGGUCCGGCUUUUCCUUUCCCACGUGUGUGGGAGCCACGCCGGCUCUCGUCCCUCCUCAGGCGCUGAGUGCGCUGAGUGGUGGAGCGCGGGCCUCGUCAUGGGCUUGUCCCGGCCCCUGGCCUGGGCCCGGGGGCCUCCGGUGGCCGUGGGGUGCUGCCGCUGUCACUCCUGGCUCCCGCAGGCGGCCGCCAGUGCCCGACCUCCUGACUCAGGGUGGCUGUGGCUUUCGAGUCCCCAAACUUAUUGCUUUAUCCAUUCGGGGAAAUACGUUGGGAAAGACUGCCUCCCCGGCCAGGCUGAGAGGGACAGAGGGUCUAUUUUUAAUAAAUAACAUCUAGAAAGCU